CAGUGCAGCUACAUGGUUCCUAGUAGGAGACGUUGAAUCGUUCCUCGCGGUAAAACAUAAACCAAAACGGUCCAAUGACGCCAUCUUCUGGAAAAUUCAACCUUAAUUAUUUUCUUUUCCAAUUUAUUUCUGACAAACAGGUUGUUUGUAAAUGUAGCCUUUGUGUUUAAAGAAGACGCCCGGACCGUUAGAUAACGUUAGUGUAGUAAAAUGGCGAAACAGUUCUUUUGUUCUCCAAGUGAAAAUACAAGUUUCAAGUUUCGAGAAAUUUCGUUUGACCUGCUCACAGAUUUUCUUGUUAAUCUCAACAAAAGAAACAAAGACAACCUCAACAGUUUAUCAAAAUGUAGCGGGAGCUUCAAAGACAGAAGACUAACGGAAUACAUCCUCCUGAUAACUAAAGAGCUGAGACUUGAUCCGCUGGCUGGAUACCAUGCCAUUGAGUUACUUCAAAGGUUCAUGGUCAAGCACCUGACAGAUCUACUGACCACACCCACACCUCAAGGUGCAGCCGCUGAUCAACCAGGAAGUUAUGAGGAUGCUGUUUUUGACAAGCUCAAGGAGAAAUUCCCUCUCAUUGUUUUCUCCUGUGUGCAGCUGGCAAGCAAACUGUCUUUGCACAGUCAUAUAAUCGACAACAACACUGCUGUGCGCUUUCUGCAUUCAGUCGGUCACAGUGUUACCAAGCAGACUGUCCUGGAAUCAGAGCUGAUGGUCUUGAAAGGGCUUGAAUUCAAAUUAAAUGCUCCUAACCCACUGACAUAUGUGGAAAUCCUUCUGGAGGUGCUUGGUCACAAUGAGCCAUCCAUCCCUGUCGAGCGCCUCUGUCAACUGUGCCACCACGUUCUCCAGUUCGUCAGCCUUCAGAGGACUGCCAUCUACGACUCCUUGUUAGUCACUACCACUCAGUGUGUCGACCCACCCAGAGAACAGAGAGAGAAGUUUGUGACAGUGACUGAAGACUGCAUGCUUCUGGGGGUUGGUGUCAUCGCUGUGGCUGCAUUCAUCCUUUGUGUCAGAGAAUGGAAACAGGUUGUGGAAGAACUGAGCCACAUCACAGGAAUCUCACAGAGAAGCAUCAGCGAUUUUGCUCACGUGACAUUGAUGCACAUUGUUAGAACCAGUUCCCCUGUAGCAUAGACUUGAGUCUUGAGAAGUCUGACUUCUAGUAGUGGUAGCUGGUGCAGAACGUGUGUGCCUUUGUGAGAUGCUUGGAAUAAAACAUGAAACAGAAUGAACAGAAAUAUCCAGUGUAAUGAAAUGAUGCCAGAGGAACAAAUCACUAAAGAGGCACUGGAUGGUAAAUGUAUUAAAACAUAUUGUAUUAAACAAUAACUUAAUCCUAAUAUGCUGUAUAUCUUCAAUGCUUUUACUGUUCCUGUGCUACAUUGAUCUGCUCACUUGAAUUAGAUGCACAGUGGUUUAUUGUUGUACUUAGUAUUGAGUUACUCAUCAGCCAGGAUGUUAAAAAUAAGGGUUUGGCUGAGGAUCAAGUGUCAGGUGACUCUGGUGACUGGUGAGGGGUUCUUCCUCUCUCUGAGUCCUCUGAGUCUCAUCCUCACUAGAAAAGCGGCGGCCACAGCAAAACCUAAGAACAGAGUUUAUAAUCCCACUUAAUACCAAGAAAAAUCAGUUUUCAAUCUGUAUAAUAAUAUAAUGUCCUUCAGUUUAUCAUAGAGUAUUUCAAAUAUGUUUGGAAACAGAAAAUUGUUUGUUUUGGCUGGUCCAAUAUGGGACUUGUAUCAAAUCAAUCAACCCUUUUGCCAGAAUAAAUGUUGGCAUUGUAUGUUU